AUGUCUUCGAAUAUCCCCACCUUCGACCAUCCUUGCAGCAUCCUCUCCUCUCUCCCCGACGACACCCUCCACCUCGAAUUCGACGCCUACCCCAGCUCCCUGCCGACCCAGUCUUCGGCCUUCCUCGACCUCCUCUGUCUCGACCGCCAUACGUACAGCCGAUGUCUAACCUGGCUCUACCACACCAUCGGGCUCACACACUACAAUCACCUCUCAUUUUUCAAAUCCUAUGGCAAUCUCCUUCAAGAAUAUACUUUCUCCUCCUACUACGACCCCGAGGGUAGCGACACGUCCUUUUUCGUCCCUCGUCUUGGGACAGGAGGACAGAGGAAGGAUAGAUAG